AUGUUCAAAAACCAAAUUUUAAUUUUUGAUUCUAAUGAUGAAAGUAGCUUAUUAAUUACAGGAAGUGGUGGUGUUCAACAAUCACGCCAGCGCUCUGGAAAUAUUUAUAGGAAGAGCAUAUGUUGGGAUUAUUUCAAAUUAAUUGAAGUCCCGGGAAAUGAAACAGUAGUAGAAUGCACUAUUGAUGGAUGCAAUACGAAAUACGUAUGGCGCGGGUCCACUUCUAACCUUCUUGGUCAUAUUAAGAGAAAGCAUCAUGUAACAACAAAAUCGGGAAAUAGUAGAGUUCAACAAUCACGCAGACGCUCUAAAAAUAAUUAUAAGGAAAGUAUAUGUUGGAGAUAUUUUCGCCCAAUUAGACCGAGUUAUGGAUCAGAAACAAAGUGUACUUUUGAUGGAUGCAAUACGAAAUACGUAUGGCGCGGAUCUACUUCUAACUUUCUUGAUCAUCUUAAGAGAAAGCAUUUAACAGAAUUAAAAAUUAAACUUCCAUUAAUUAAAUUCAUUGUUCCCUCUGCAUUACCUCUCAAAGUUAUUAAUAGUUUAAAAUCUUCUGGUCUCAUUAAUCUACAAAUUGAACUACCCCUCGAAGAACAGAUAAAUAAAUUAUAUGAACAUUUAUCUGAUCAGGUGAAAUCAAAAAUUCAGACAGCAAAAUCUGUUAUGCUCUCAAUUUCCAAUAUUUAUAUUAGACGAAUUCAUAUAUCUAAGCUUGCAGUUACUUGUUGCUGGCUAACUGAAAACUUCGAAUUUAAUAAAAUCUUGUUGUGUGUAAAAGAAACAUUUAAAGAUAUUAUCGAAGUUUUAGAUCAGUGGAAAUUAAAAAACUUGAAAUUUAUUAUUAGCAAUAAAGAUUUUUAUGAUCAGCUAAAAGAAAAGUACCCAGAUAUUAUCCAUAUAAGCACUAACGUAAGUGGAAGUGGUGAUGACUUAAUAGAAGACAGUUUAAGUAGAUGGGCUAGAGAAAAUAUCAGUACCCAAGGAAUUUCUGACAUUGCCAAAGCUGUUGAAAACGCUACUUGGAAUCUUAGCUAUGUCGUAAGUGAUUUGAAGGAUAGAGGAAUGCAAAGUAAAAUGAAUAUAACAAAUAUAACAAUUAAUGAUUGUACACCAAAAGUAGGUUAUUUUAAAAUUCUUUCAUUAGAUUAUUUACCAGUUAGUAUAUUUGAUAAAUUAGUAGAAUUAUUCAACCCUUUGAAACAUAUCGAUACCGUUACUGAGAGAAAUAUUAUAGAUCUAUUAGUUAAUGCUACUAGCAUUUUAAGAAGGAUCUCUCAAUGUCAAUUUCCUUUGAAUUCUGAAUACAAGACACUAGAAUCAUUUCUAAAAUUUUUAAUUCGUUCAUAUGAACAUUUCUGCGUAAGUUCAUUUUUAGAUCCGCGUUCGAAUCCAAUAAAUUCUCUUUCUGAUGAUGUGCUCGGAGAAUUUGUGCUAGAUAAAUGCCAAGUCUAUUAUUCACAUAAUCCUAGUUCUUCUGGUAAUAAUUUAACAUCUGAAGAAUUUACACGAUAUAUUAGUCGUUCACAAUCUCAGUUUGAUGAGAACUUUGAUGUUUAUAAAUGGUGGCAAAAUUCAAAUCAUGAAUUUCCUGGUUUGGCUACUCUUGCAAGAGAAUAUUUGCUUUUGGUGUCAGAUAAAGUUCAAUUAAAUAAUCUUGAAAAAUUUGUAGAAGUUUAUAAAAAUGUUGAUAUG